UGCAGAAAAACUCGAACCGGCUCCUGCAACCCCGUUCUGUUCCUCGCUGUGUUAGUAUUAAAUCCCAUCCUCAAAAAAUGUCGCCCCUGCUUUUAUUAAUGCUUCUUUCGAGCCUGUUGUGCCGUCAGGGUUUACGUGUCCUGGGUCAAAGGUCGGUCAGGAGCAUGUCGUCCGUCGCUGACAAAUUCAGUCUGCCCGAUCGGUACCGCGGCUCGGAGAAGAGCGUCUGGGUCGAAUACAUCCAGCUGGCCAUCGAGCACCAGCCCCUCAACCUUGGUCAAGGUUUCCCCGACUACCCACCUCCCUCGUACGUCACUGACGCUUUGGCCGACGCCACCAACGGCAGCAACACCCUCCUCAAUCAGUACACCAGAGGAUUUGGUCACCCAAGACUUGUCCAGGCACUUUCUAAAUUAUAUUCCAAGGAAAUUGAUAGAAAUAUUGAUCCACUCAAAGAAGUACUCGUUACUGAUGGAGCCUACGAAGCCCUCUUUUGUGCCAUACAGGGUAACACCAACCCUGGCGAUGAGGUCAUCAUUAUUGAACCGUUUUUUGACUGUUAUGUGCCAAUGGUGAAGUCCGCUGGGGGAAUCCCAAAAUUUAUUCCUCUCCGCCUUAGGGAAGGUGCUGGGACCUCUGGUGCAAUCAGUUCUGCCGACUGGAUUUUGGACCCGCGAGAGCUGGAAAGCAUGUUCACCGAAAAGACGAAGUCCAUCAUCAUCAACACUCCGCACAACCCCAUCGGAAAAGUCUUCUCUCGGUCUGAAUUGGAGAUAAUUGCUAAUUUGUGCAAGAAAAACAAUGUCCUCGUUAUCUCCGACGAAGUUUAUGAAUGGAUGGUCUACAAGCCUAAUGAGCAUGUCCGAAUUGCAUCUUUGCCUGACAUGUGGGAGAGAACCAUUACCAUCGGGUCAGCUGGAAAGACUUUCAGCGUCACAGGUUGGAAACUCGGAUGGGCGUACGGCCCUGAUUACCUGAUGAAAAAUCUUCAAACCGUCCACCAAAACACAGUCUACACCUGCCCCACCCCAAUUCAAGAGGCUGUUGCAAGGGGUCUCGAACUGGAGUUGAACAGAAGAAGCUCCCCCGACUGUUAUCUAACUUCCCUGGCCGAGGAAUUGCGUCCCAAGCGUGAUUUCAUGGCAAAGUUCCUCUCCGACGUUGGCAUGAAACCAACUGUGCCCGAAGGCGGCUACUUUAUGAUUGCCGACUGGUCUGCCCUUACUAACAAGGUUAAGCUAGAGGAAGAAAAGGAUCCUGAGCUUGACUACAAGUUCACCAAGUGGAUGACCAAGAACGUAAAACUGCAGGGCAUUCCACCCUCUGCCUUUUAUGGUCCUGACCAUAAAGAUCUGGCUCAACAUCUUGUGCGAUACUGUUUCUUUAAGAAAGAUGAAAAUCUUCAAAAGGCCGCUGAAAUUUUGCGCAACUGGACCGCACCUACGAGCAACCUCUAAAGUCAUAAAGUCUUCCCAGCAGGCACCAGCAGGUAUGACAUUUGACGAAGCAUUUUAUUUUUGUUAUCAAGCCUAAUCUGGAUAUAUUUUAUUGUAACUCAUUAAAAACAAAACAAAUUCGCAAUAAUUCGAAAAA